GACGUCAUGACUAUACCACCAUUGCACCAUUAGACAGAGAGCGGGAAAACUUCUGUCAAAAUAAUACACAAAUAGGCUAAUUUCAAAUAGGGUACUCAUUUUCUUACUCGUUUUUGUUCUUCAGUUAAAAGUUCUAAGAUGUAUUUAAAUAUCGUCAGAGGCAACCAACUUCCCAUGUUCGUCAACAAGAAAGUUUCAAUUACAGGCUUUGUUACAGAAAAGGCUUAUAAUGGAAUGUCGUUUGAUAUUAGAACAACAGAUAAUGUGACUGUACGAAUUACACUGAAAAAACCUAUUGAUCAACAUCUUGAAGGUUAUGUGGAGGUUCAUGGUGAUUCUACAGGAAAAGGUGUAACAGCAGAUGAGUAUAUUCAUUUUUCAAAUGAAAAAUUUGCAGCUCAAAGUCACAAUAAGUUGUGCUCCUAUCUUCAUUCCAUUCCCACACUUUGGAAUUUAGAAUAGUUAUUUUUAUAUCUAUCGUGUUACUUUUUGAUUAUUUCACUGUAUUUUUCUAUAUUUUUAAUAAAAAAUGUGUAAAUAAACUACAAAA